GAGAAGGGCGGGCCGGUGCCGGACGAGCGGAAGUGGGUCUUCGUGAGGCGGUGGAGUCUUGCUUGAGCGGGUCUCCUCAGCGGGGGCUGGAGUCGGUGCGUCCUUGCCCGAGCGCAUCGGCCUAGGCGUGUGGCAGACAACCCCAGCUCCAAAAUUUGGAAAUACUGCACAUCUAGUUGGCUCCAAAUUGUAAAUCACAGGAUGAGUAUUCAGUGGGCAUGAGAGAUUGAGAACAUCCUACCACACCAUAAACCUUGGUGUAGAUCACUUCCUUUUCUGUGGAUUGAAGCCAGAGAGCACAAUGAGUACAAGAAAUCCUCAAAGAAAGCGGCGUGGUGGGACUGUAAAUUCUAGACAAACCCAGAAGCGAACUCGGGAAACAACGUCAACCCCUGAGGUUUCCUUGGAAACAGAACCCAUAGAACUUGUGGAAACUGUUGGAGAUGAAAUCGUGGACCUCACCUGUGAAUCUUUAGAGCCCGUGGUUGUGGACCUGACUCACAAUGACUCUGUUGUGAUUGUUGAAGAAAGGAGAAGGCCAAGGAGAAAUGGGAGGAGGUUACGCCAAGACCAUGCUGACAGCUGUGUGGUGAGCAGUGACGAUGAGGAACUGUCUAGGGACAAGGAUGUGUACGUGACUACCCAUACUCAUCGAAGCACUAAGGAUGACGGAGCUACUGGACCCAGGCCCUCAGGUACCGUCAGUUGUCCUAUCUGCAUGGAUGGAUACUCUGAGAUUGUGCAGAAUGGGCGUCUCAUUGUUUCUACAGAAUGUGGCCACGUCUUCUGUAGCCAGUGCCUCCGUGAUUCCCUUAAGAAUGCUAACACUUGCCCAACUUGUAGGAAAAAGAUCAACCAUAAGCGGUACCACCCCAUUUAUAUAUGAAAUGUUCACAACUGCUCGGGAUAGACCAAUGGACAGACAGCGGGCUGNCUUUUCUGCAUGGUAUCUGCCUCCAGUUUCCUGAGCUCAAAAAGACUUUCAAAAAUCACUGUCUGNUGUAAACUGGUCUUUUGUUUUCCAACCCCUUAGAUCCUUUUGUUAUCUCCAGUUUGAUGCUAUGGAGCAAGGUCCAGGGAUCCUCCCAGAUCAGCUCAGCAUCUCUGCCCCUCUGGGUGGUCUGAGCCUAGAGUAGGAAAAAAGGAGUCAGGCAUAUUGGAGUUAAGCAUCAUGGCUCCAGCCUCUUUAUGGAGCUUACAUGUUGGCCAAGAAGUUUCCCUGUUGUGAAAGGUUGCCCCAGCUCUUGUGGGUGCAGAACCUUCCCAAGGCACCUGUCAGUUAGCUAUUCUGCCUGCCAAACAGUGACCUGGCCAGAAAACCCAAAUAGCCCAAGGAUACCAGUGCAUAAACUGCCCAUGAAAAGCCUAACUGGUGGACUUUUAGUUUUCCUUCCCAUGAGAGCAGAGGUGACCUAUGAUACUGCCUGAAACUUAUCAUUGGUGUGCAGUGUUUUCUGCAAAUCAAGUGACUCUGCAGGGCAAUCCUGUUUCCU